CUCGGUUUCCUUCCCCCAUCCCCUUGACUCUCCCCUCCCUGCCCUCACUCUCUCCCUCGCCCUCAGCGCGGCCCCCGCCAUGACGGAGGCGGGUGCCGGUGCCGUUGCCACUGCUGCUGUCUCGGGGGCAGAGUCGGGUUCCCAGAAAGUAGCUUGAUGAGUGUCCAAAGUAGCAGUGGAAGUUUGGAGGGGCCGCCAUCUUGGUCCCAGCUCUCCACGUCUCCAACCCCGGGCUCGGCGGCGGCGGCCAGGUCCCUGCUGAAUCACACGCCGCCAUCCGGGAGGCCCAGGGAAGGUGCAAUGGAUGAGCUUCAUAGUCUGGAUCCAAGAAGGCAAGAAUUAUUGGAAGCUAGAUUUACAGGCGUUGCAAGUGGGAGCACUGGGAGCACUGGCAGUUGCAGUGUUGGAGCUAAAGCCUCAACAAAUAAUGAAAGCUCUAAUCACAGUUUUGGAAGCUUGGGAUCUUUAAGUGACAAAGAAUCAGAGACACCAGAGAAGAAACAAUCCGAAUCAUCCAGGGGAAGAAAGAGAAAAGCAGAAAGCCAGAAUGAAAGUAGUCAGGGAAAAAGUAUUGGGGGACGUGGCCACAAAAUUAGCGACUAUUUUGAAUACCAAGGUGGGAAUGGCUCAAGUCCAGUAAGAGGCAUACCUCCUGCAAUCCGUUCUCCUCAAAAUUCACAUUCACAUUCCACUCCUUCCUCGUCUGUUCGACCGAUUAGCCCUUCUCCUACUGCAUUAACUUUUGGGGACCACCCUAUUGUACAACCAAAGCAGUUAUCCUUAAAAAUUACUCAGACUGAUCUUACAAUGCUGAAAUUAGCAGCAUUAGAAAGUAAUAAAAACCAGGACCUGGAAAAGAAAGAAGGUCGUAUAGAUGAUUUGCUCAGGGCUAACUGUGAUCUCAGACGGCAAAUAGACGAACAACAAAAAUUACUUGAAAAAUACAAAGAACGAUUAAAUAAGUGCAUAUCAAUGAGCAAGAAGCUUCUUAUUGAAAAAAGUACGCAAGAAAAACUGUCAAGCAGAGAGAAGAGUAUGCAAGACAGAUUACGCCUUGGGCACUUUACAACAGUUAGACAUGGUGCUUCAUUUACUGAACAAUGGACAGAUGGUUUUGCAUUUCAGAAUCUUGUCAAGCAGCAAGAAUGGGUGAAUCAGCAAAGGGAAGAUAUUGAAAGGCAAAGGAAACUUCUAGCCAAACGCAAACCUCCCACAGCUAAUAAUUCUCAGGCACCCUCUACAAAUUCUGAACCAAAACAAAGGAAAAACAAAACAGUCAAUGGAGCAGAAAACGAUCCCUUUGUUAGACCAAAUUUACCACAACUGUUGACUUUGGCAGAAUAUCAUGAACAGGAAGAAAUUUUCAAACUUAGACUAGGACAACUCAAAAAGGAAGAGGCAGAAAUCCAGGCAGAACUUGAACGUUUGGAAAGAGUCAGAAAUCUUCACAUUCGAGAACUCAAAAGAAUAAACAAUGAAGAUAAUUCACAGUUCAAAGAUCACCCCACAUUAAAUGAAAGAUACUUGUUACUUCAUCUGCUUGGCAGAGGUGGCUUUAGUGAAGUAUAUAAGGCUUUUGACCUUUAUGAACAAAGAUAUGCUGCUGUGAAGAUCCAUCAGCUUAAUAAAAGCUGGAGAGACGAGAAGAAAGAAAACUACUACAAACAUGCCUGCAGAGAGUAUAGAAUACACAAAGAACUGGACCAUCCCAGAAUAGUUAAACUCUAUGAUUAUUUCUCUUUGGACACAGAUACGUUUUGUACAGUGUUAGAAUACUGUGAAGGCAAUGACUUGGAUUUCUAUCUAAAGCAACAUAAAUUAAUGUCAGAGAAAGAAGCUAGGUCUAUCGUAAUGCAGAUUGUAAAUGCACUAAGAUAUCUCAAUGAGAUCAAACCCCCUAUUAUACAUUAUGACCUUAAGCCAGGAAACAUCCUUCUGGUAGAUGGAACAGCAUGUGGAGAAAUCAAAAUCACUGACUUUGGCCUGUCCAAGAUCAUGGAUGAUGAUAGCUAUGGUGUAGAUGGAAUGGAUCUGACCUCCCAAGGAGCAGGCACUUACUGGUAUUUACCUCCUGAGUGUUUUGUAGUUGGAAAAGAGCCACCAAAGAUUUCCAACAAGGUUGAUGUGUGGUCGGUUGGAGUCAUCUUUUUUCAGUGUCUCUAUGGUAGGAAGCCAUUUGGCCACAAUCAAUCUCAACAGGACAUCCUUCAAGAAAACACAAUAUUAAAAGCCACAGAAGUCCAGUUCCCUGUAAAACCAGUUGUAAGCAGUGAAGCCAAGGCCUUCAUAAGACGCUGUUUGGCAUACCGGAAAGAAGAUCGAUUUGAUGUGCACCAACUGGCAAAUGACCCAUACCUUCUCCCUCAUAUGAGAAGAUCAAAUUCUUCUGGAAACUUACACAUGGCUGGGCUGACAGUAUCCCCUACACCCCCUUCUUCAAGCAUAAUUUCUUACUGACUUUGCUCCAAGAUUGGCAUGAUACCUUUGGAUUGUUUCCAGAUGCACACUUGAGUUUGAAAGCAUUUGAGUGUUUUUUGUUUUUUCUUUUUUUAUGCAGGAUAUGGUUAAGAACUGUUAGUAAACUAAAGUUCUUAUAGCAUCAUUUGUACAAGAGUGGAUCAUGGACAGUGAAUAAGUGUACGCUCUGACUGUAAUCUUGAGCGGUGAAGGAGAACUGCCUGUUGCACAUAAACAGGAGUACCAUGUUAAGCUAGAAGAAAAAUGGUGUUUUGUUUGUUUGAGGGAACACUGUAAAUAGCGUUUAUAAUACUUAAAUACAUUUGGUUGUUACUGGAGAGUUCUAAUAAUGAAGGGUAGUUUUUCAUUAUUUAAAAACAACAUGGGAAAAAAUGAGACAUAUUUCUAACAGAUAAGAACUACAGUGCCUGGAUACAUUCUUCAGCAUUUGGCAGUUGUUGAAACCAAAGUAAGAACUGAAUGACCUUGACAGUUGUUUUGUAGUAAUAGAAUGUUGAGCGUUAGAACCUUUGGACAAAGUUAACUUUGUCAUUUGCCUGUUCUGGCUUUUACCAAGUUGUACCUCGAAAUCACAUGUCCGUUUUUCUCACUGGUUAUAUUAAAGGGAGAGCCGUUCUUCCUAGAUACCUUUACACCUUUGACAAAAUGAGCUGCUUGUUUAGAAAUCAGUUGAAUUCACUAAAUUAUAAUAUUUCCAGUGUUUUCAAUACAUUAGGAUUCUUAACAGGUAUCUUUCUUUUGUUACCAGGCCAUGUUCACAAAAAGCAAGUGAUAGUAUGUAACCAAAUGCAGACCAGUUCUAUGCAGGAUAAUGAUAAAUUCCCUUCUAGCUCUAUUGUAAAUUGUUGUACAGAUGUCAUAUUUGAAUUACUAAAUUUCAGCAGCUUAUUCUUGUAAAAAUGUUUUAAAAAAUAUGGCUUUUCUAAUUGGAUAUUGUAUUUUUUUUAAGUCUUCUUGAAGGCGCUUUAAUUGCUGCUAAAUGAUGUUGCUUCUUUGCUAAAAAAUUGAAUGACCUCCUUAAAGGUGCAAGUUGACUGUACAUCAUACAGACAGAGUAAAACCAGGCAUUCAUUAACAAUCAAGGCAUGUAAAAAUGAUCAAUGUUGGAAAUACAGAAUUUUUUUAAAUCAGUUUCUUGGGUUUUGGGGCUGUGGAGCACAUAGAUACUAGAUUUAUAAAUUGUUCUAUAAUGUUCUUAGCAGUAAAAUGGGAUAAUGGUCCCAUAAACAAGUUUCUUGUGGUUUGGACAGAUUUGUUAAAAUGUGAAACAUUUUCUAACUGCCUUAUUCAGUAGAAACCAUUAUUUCACUCCUGUAGAUUAUUUCUUUAUUGUCACAUUCAUAAUGCUGAUACUUACAUGUGAGUUGUCCAUGUUACAAAACAAGGAGACUAUACUUACCACAGACUCUUACUAAUAUUGUACAGUUCAACUGUGGCUCUUAUUUCUCAUGUUGCAAGCCAUUUUGUUUUUUCAUUGUACAUAGACACAUUGUCUCUUUAAGAUGCUGCUGAAAUUGUAGAGAAUGUAGCCAAAACAGUAAUAAACAAUGACAGUUAAAAUUUAAAGACUAUGAAAAAUUAGUUUGAAGGGAGCUUUUGAGAUUUAAAAUAUUGACUGACUUGGCUCCUUUACUUAAGAAUCAGCUGAAUAAAUUCUUUAAGUAUAUUUCAGGACAAGCAUAAAGAGUUUCAAGCUGUUAAAGUAAACCUAAUAACCAUUAUCGAGGCUAAUCCUGGGUAAGUAACAUGUAGCGCUAUCAGGAACAGUUUAGGGCUAUACCUGUUCCUCUGUAGAUUACGAUAGAAAUUCUAUAAAACAUAUUGACAUGGUAAUGAAAUGUUAGCCUUGAUUGAGUGUAUUAGAUACUGCCCACAAGUUUUUUAAUUUUGUUGUUUGAGUUUUCGUCUUUCUGAAUCAUAAAGUUCUAUGUUCAUAUAGUAACUGUUAUUUAAAGUAAUGAAUUAAAAGAAAAUGCCUAGUUUUAUUUAAAAUUUUGGCAGGCUGAGUAUUAAGUAGACAUAUAAAUCUAACGAGGUUGAAAAAGUAAUACAGACAUAGAUCUUUGCUUUACAAUAUUAUUUACAAAUAAAUAUGAUUGACUGCUAGUGUCAAAAGGAGGAAAACAAGCCAUACAAUGAAACUGCUUCCUUGACCUGGGUCUUAGAAUUAAAGAUAUAUAGGAUAGUAAUCAAUUUAGUAGACCAUCUCCUCCUCUAAGGUUUAUCUAAACAAGUGCUACUACAUAUUUUGGAUAAUAUGCUAGUAACCCAACAAGGACAAGAUGGCUAACUGAACCAGAUGGAAUAAUUUACUGUUACCUUUACAUGGGAACUUGGUACUUACCUAAAUAAUUUCAAAGUCACUGGCAAUAUUUGGCUCUAAUCUCUUUUGGGGUUCAGUUGUUUUCUAGUGUCCUGAUGUCUGUCCUCAGAAUUAAAGCAUGUCUUACAUCCCUGAGAUAAUUGCCAAGGUCUUCUCUCUUAAAGAGUCAGCACUGAUGCAAGAUAAAAAUGUACCAUUCCUGCAUAUAAUUUUAAGACCUUGCUUUGAUUAAUGUGCAUGUUGAGAGGAAAUAAGUGUAGAAACCAUCCUAAUAAUUUGUAAGUUGGGGAGGGAGGGGUAUUUGAUUCUUUUUCAAAAAUAAAGAAUCUAUUUUUUCCUUACCCACUGCCAUUCCCCCCUCCUAAAAUAGAACUCUUUCCAUUUAAAUGCUAUAUAAAAUGUGAACAAAUACUUGUCUUCUACAAAUACCUCAUUACAUGAAGCCAAAGUGGCGGAGAGUUUCAGAGAAACAUUUAAAGAGCAUAUUGUGUGUUGUUUGCUGUUCAUCAUUACUUAUUAAAUCAAUCUUGAUUACCAUCAUGUUAUUAUUAGCCCUGUUUUAGUGGGAAUGCAGACUGUACAGCCCAUUUCAUUUGUUGGUUUACUCUUUCAAUUUAAUUACAUUGUUGUUUGUUUUUGUGUGAAAGUGAAAGCCCUACUUCUUCUACCUUUAAAAUCACAUUGGCAGGUCUUUCUCUAAUCCCAUUUUAAAUUUUGACAUGUCAUCUGAUCAUUUUCCUCCCAAAUAUUACCAGAUCUCAAUGUUCUGAAGACAUUAACAAUCUAAAUCAAAAAGUGCUUUUGGCAGCUGUUUUUUAAAUUGAAUUAGUAGAAUUCUAGUCCCCAAGUUUCUGGAAUUCUGCAGCUGUUCUUAGAGUAUAAAUAACUUUUCCAUCAUUUUGAAGUAUCUUUAUUUCCUAAAACACGUUCAUCUCCAUCUACUUUCCCCUUCCCACCUCCCCCCCUCUUUUUUAAGAUUUUUCCCCCCGGGAAUUCUUUAAUUUUAAAAUGGAAAAAAUAUGAGUAAAUGUGUGUAAACCAACUUCAGAAAUUGCAUAGAGCCAGAGAUUCUUCUUAGUAGAAGGCUAAUUUCUAGUCACGACCAAAAUGCAUGGCUUCCACCUAGAAAUCCUCACUUGUUAAAAUACUAGGAAUGUGGAUUACGUAUUUAUGACCAUUUAAGAUAGGCAAUAAGAUACAGUCGUUAAGAGCUCAGGUUUUGGAACCAGAUUGUUUGGGUUCACAUGUUGACUGCUAUGUAAUACCUGUCCUUCCCAUUCCUCAUCUGAAGCUGGGGUAACAAUAGUACCUACCAUACAGAGUGGUUGUGAGGAAGAAGUGAUUCACCUGUAAAGCGCUUAGAACCCUGUCCCUCCCCGAAAAAAAAAAAAAAAAGCCCUUUG